GAUGAUGAUCUACAUUAUCUAACUUAUUUACAUAGUACAGAUACUUAUACUUGGCUUCAAACCAUACUCUAAAUGUAAAGACUGCUGAUAUUAAUUCAGUCGCUCAAAACAAGGUGACUGAGGCUGAUAAUUUUGGAAAGAAACUUCCACCAUCCUCAUCAUCAUCCACCUCAUCCUCCUCCUCCUCCUCAUCAUCAUCAUCAAUGGAAUUCAAUAAAAUUUUACAAAAAUCUAAAGGUUUUGCUAAUGUAUUGACAGAUAUAUAUUUAGAUCAAUUAGUCGAUAAAAUUGUGUCAAUUCGUGAAGAAUAUCCAAAUUUAUUGAUUUAUGAUAAACCAUUGGAAACCAUUCAAUCUGCUCAUUUAAAAGUAAAAGAAACACUUCAACAAAUUCAUGAUUUACUUCAUAAACAUUAUGAAGAAUAUGAAAAUAAAGAAAAUCUUUUGAAUAUUCCAUUUGAUGAAUCAAGUACACCAUUUUAUAAACAUACUAAUGAUAUCGAUAAAAUGAAAGAAUCAUCUAAGAAGAUUCAACAAUUCCAUGAAAAAUUAUCUCAAUUAAUACCAGUUUAUAUGAACUUGAAACUACAAUCUGAUCAAUCAUUGAAUAAUGAAAAUAUUGAACAAGAUACUCCUACUAAUACGACGACGACGACGACGACUACUCCUCCUCCUAUUACUACUACUACGACGACGACUACUGCUACGACUACUCAAUCUUUUGAAAACAUCCAUAAAGCUGUGAAUAAUUUAAAAAGAUUAUUAUUAGCUAAUGAAAAAUUAGAUAAUAGUUUACAACGUAUAUCACAAUAUACAUCUUUAUUGCCGAAUUUAUCAGAAAACUCAACUAUUCCAAUCUUAGAUGAAAUUCUGUCAUCGAACCAGUGUCCGUCAUCAUCAUCAUCAUCAUCAUCAACAACAACAACAACAACAACAUCAUCAUCAUCAUCAUCAUCAUUAACACCACCACCACCACCAACAACAACAACCAUAUCAUCAUGUUCUGGUGAUCAAAGGUUGUCAUCAUUGAGGUGAUCCAUUUAACAUGCACAUACACUAAAAGAGACUAAUCAAUUUUAGUCCUUAAAAACGGGAAUAUACAAACACUUAAAAUUCAAAUAGGAUUCAUUCUUGUUUCACAAGUCAAUAACUGUGUGGAUAACCUAUUGAUUAUGUGAAUUGGAAGGCAUUGAGUUUGAGACCCUAACUGAGUAUCAGCAUUAGGGUACAAGUACAUUCAAUUGACAAGUUCUAAAUAGAACAAAACCGUCGUCUUAUAUUCCAUUGUUUAAUUAUUAAGUAGUCUUGCUGAAAUAUGUAUUUCUUAUGUUUAAAUUUCUGGUGUUAAAAUUAAUUCCUUUUUCUUGAUUCUUAUUUUGCUAAAUCCUGUAUUUUCUGUACCAAUUUCAACUAAUACACAUUCAUUUCAGAUCUUACGUUGACUAUGAUUGAUUGAAUACAAAAAUCUUCAAUAAUCACAGUGUUGAAAGCGAUCACUUUAAAUAUCACAUGGAAUGUAAUAAUAAGCAUUCGAAGAAAACACUCGAUAAUUGAAAUUACAGUCCUCCUAAUGCUCCCAAAUGCCCUGGUACGGCCGAG